AUGGCCACCACAGUUGAGUUGAACAGUGAAGCUUUGAACAAUCUCUGCCAGCGCUAUCACGAACAGAAUAGUCAGUUCACUCAAUCACGCUCACUAGACGUCCUCAGCUACGAGCAUUCGGCCAAUACAGACACUGUAACGGGCUUCUUUGGUCGGCACCAGAUUCUUACACUCAAAGUACGUCGCACUGAUGCUGAUGGCAGAGAGCAUUUCGAAGAAAUACGCUUCUUCACCAAGUCGCCGCCACUAGAAAUGGCCUCUCGCAUGGAGUACAUAGAGGAGUUUGGUCUCUUCAAAAAGGAGGUACGCAUAUUCCGCGAAGUGUUGCCCGAGUUUCAGAAAAUCUUUCCAAAUGUGGCACCGAAAUGCUACUUCGCCGACGAGCGGCUGCUUAUCUUCGAACAUCUGGCCGAUCAGGAAUUCCGCAUGGCCGCUGGACGUGAUGGCCUAUUGGAUUAUAAGCACCUUCAGUGCGCACUGAAAUCUCUGGCCGCAUUGCAUGCCAGUUCGAUUGUUUACGAGGCACGCUGUGGCCGCAAGCUGAAUGAGUUACAUCCCGAGGCGGUGGUGGAGAUCGCUUAUCCCUUGGACAUUCCGCAGCACCAUGUGCGGAAGCAGAACUUCAAUAAUGCGAAUCGUGUAUUUCUGGAACUGAUAAAAUUGCUGCCUAAAUACCAGCAAAAUAGGGAGUACAUAUUACGCGAAUUCCCGAAGCGCAUGGCGGCAAUUUUCGAGUUAAUUCAGACGUCCAAAAAGUAUCUGAAUGUGCUUUGUCACGGUGAUUUAUGGGCCAACAAUAUGAUGUUCCAGUAUGGCAAAUGUGGUGAGUCGUCUCCCUUACAAAGUCGUUUGUUGGACUUCCAACUCUCCCGCUAUGCACCGCCUAUGGUGGACUUAAUGACGGCGCUAACCAUACCGACGAGCAGCAGCUUCCGUAGGGAGCAUCUAUCUGAAUUACUUUGUGAUUACUAUCGCUUUAUGACUGAGUUCUUAAAGCAGAAUCAAUUGAAUAUUGACGACUUCUUGACGCGCGAGGAAUUUUACGAGACUGCAGAGAAGUUCCGAAUUGUUGGACUGAUCGAGAGCUUACUUUUCUCUCAUUUGACUGAUUUACCACCGGAAUCAACCGAGUCUUUAACCUCAUCAGCGGAUGGUUUUAGCGACUUUUUCGACGCCAAGCGGGUGGAAAUAUGCUCGGAAGCUUUUCGUAGCGAUGAUAUUUAUAGAGUUAGACUAACAGAUAUGCUAGAAGAUUUCAUAGAUAAUUUUGUAUUGAAUAUUAAAAUUUAA